UGUUUCGCGGUAAAGUCGCGCCGCCGCUCAAUGAAUGGGAGCCAAACAGAAACAGAACCGCAGAAAGAGCCGAACCUCCGCCCGGAACCGCGGGUUCUGCCGCUGCACGACGGGCUGGUAGCGGACUGUUAGCGCUUCUGCCGCGGGGCUGCACUGCAGUCUGAAUUCCUGUGCCAGUGUGAGACCCCCUUUUGGCCGGCUGUUGCGCUGUAUUAGUGUUGGUGUGGAGUCAGGCUGGCGGAGGUGGUGGGGUGCCCGUGGACCAUGAGGGACAGUGCUAGCGGUCUAGCACAGACGCACUGGCCCAAUGAGCUCAUGCUAUCGGCGGGCGAAGAUGGCACUGCCGCCAGCGGGGGUGCUAUUGGUGGGGGGCAUCUAAUGGACCCUGUGGCGACCCAGUAUGUGCCCAGCCCGGCUCAGCUCAAACUGAGUCGCGGAGUGGAGGACGUUGGCCUGUGGGGGUCAGAGUACACCGUACCUGAGGAAGAGGAGGAGGAGGAGGAAGAGAUUGAUGAAGAAGAUGAAGAAAUGGAUGAGGAGGCAGACGAGGAUGAAAGUUUCCGUGGAAACUCCGAAAGUGAGGAAAACUGCGUGUUGCUAGAGGCCCUGCAGCCGCUGCGUAAUCAGGCAGGCCUCAAAGCCAGGGACUUUCCUGACUACGCCGUCCAGACCUGGCCUGAUGGGCCAGGCUUGAGUCGACCGGCUUGGUGGGGCCACAGAACCCGGAGGUGUAUGAGCAUUCGGUUCCGGCUGGCGCAGCAGUGGAGAACCUGGCGUCAGCGGGCGAAGUGGGCUGGGGCUGUGGGGUUCAGGAGGUCACGAUGGAGGAAAAGGAGGAGGCAACCAGACAGGGCGCUAAUGCACAGAGAGACCCGCAGUGCGGACGGAGAGACGGCAGACUCCUGCAGCUCCAGCAGACUCUCCGCCAGUAAAGACGGCUCCAUCAGGGAGGACGGUGAAGGACGGGGCUCCCCCUGCGGUCCUCUGGCAGCCCGUGACCGGCCCAGCCCUCAGAACCAGCUCAGCAGUGAACACAUCUCCUGUGUCCAAGGUAUUCUGGACGAGUUCCUGCAGCAGUACGGCAGCUUGAUCCCCAUCCACGUGGAUGAAGUGGUGGAGAGGCUGCAGAGCGUUUUCAGUGAGAGCUUCUCCAGCCCACACAGGAAGGUGAUGGUGCAGCAUUUAAUGCAGUCGUACCAGCGCAUGUCCGGCACCGCCAUGAUGAGAGAUUUCCGCGUUAACUAUAAACGCCACGUUCUGACCAUGGAUGACCUGAGCACGCUGUACGGACAGAACUGGCUCAAUGACCAGGUGAUGAACAUGUAUGGAGAUUUGGUCAUGGACGCUGUUCCUGACCGAGUUCACUUCUUCAACAGCUUCUUCUAUGACAAGUUGAGGACGAAAGGAUAUGAAGGCGUCAAGCGGUGGACGAAAAAUGUGGAUAUUUUCCAGAAGAAGUAUCUGCUGAUUCCCAUCCAUCUGGAGGUUCACUGGUCUCUGGUCUGCGUCAACGUUCCUGAGCGCACAGUCACCUACUUCGACUCGCAGAGGACCCUCAACCGCCGCUGCCCGAAGCACAUCGCGAAAUACCUGCAGGCGGAGGCGAUCAAGAGAGAGCAGAAAGAGUUCUACAGCGGCUGGAGGGGUCUGUUCAAAAUGAACGUGGCCCGGCAGAACAAUGACAGCGACUGUGGAGCUUUUGUCCUCCAGUACUGUAAGUGCCUGGCGUUGGAGCAGCCGUUCUGUUUUGGUCAGCAGGACAUGCCGAAGCUGCGCCGGCUGAUGUAUAAGGAGCUCUGUCACUGCAGACUGACGCUGUGAGGACGGCCAGGCUUACGGAGCGGCCGAGCGAGAGGAGAGAGCAGCUUCCCUCCCCUUCCCCAACCACCCUGCGCCCCCCAAACACGUGUUCUCCUCUUUAAUAGACUCUUAAAGAUAAAGUUUAGUACAGAAAAUGGUUCUGUAUGGAACCGUGAACACUCCAAGCACCUUUGCGUGAGUGAAGGUUUCUUUGUCCAUCAAUCUGACGAACCACAUCCACCACAGAAGGGUCCUGUGAGUGCUCAUGGUUCUAUGUAGAACCGUGUAAGAACCCUUGAAGAGGCGUGGAGUGUCCUGCGGUGUCCUCCGCUCUGCCCUGCUGCUCGGCUGCCCGGUUGCCGGAUGAGCUCCGGCAGGGCGUCCUGUUUUCACAGCGUGGGAGUAAAGUUGAACUCUUAUUAGGUGCCGGCCAGUUCUUUGGCAGUUUUUUGUAUUUUUUGUUAUUAUUGCUAUUAUUGUUAUUUUGACUGUUAUUCUUAUUUUCUUCUUCUGUCUCUUCUCGUCCUUGAUGUGGGUAUAACUCGUAUGCGACAUGCUGAGUUCGAGGUGUGGGAGAGAUGCUGUAAAGAGAGAUCUGUUCAUAUUCCCGGAGGACAGUACGGACCACGACACUAUAUUCCUGUUUUCAUUUGGUCACUAUCGUUUGUUGUUGUUGACGUAUUUGUGUGAUUCCAAGUGGCAAAAAAGAGCAGCUGUAAAUUAAAAGCGUUUUAUAUCUUUUCAGAUGCAUACAGUGUUGUACAGCGUACUAAUAAAAUCAGAAUAAAUACCA